GCGAUGCUGAGAACAGGCGUAGCAGCGCUGUGCGGCUCCAGGACGAUUGAAGCUGAACUUCGUCUUCUCCAACAACUUCACCCAAAUUUAUUUCGUCUCGGCCUUAACUCUCCUGAACCGCGAACUGCCCUCUGCAUUCACGACCCACGAUCGUUUCGCUCGGAAAAAGUUACCAGUAUUUCAUAGGAAUUUGCAUACACGCAGCAUGUCGCUUACAGCCUCUGCACCGCGUGCUGCGCAGGUGCAAAUCGGCAUUAUUGGCAUGGGCGACAUGGGACGCAUGUACGCUCGGCGACUGUCUGGCGCCGGAUACAUAAUAAAUGCGUGCGAUAGAGAAGAACGGUUUGAAAGUCUCAAAGAAGAGUAUAAAGAUGCGCCGCUUGUGAACAUAUUCAAGAACGGACACUAUGUUUCCCGUUUGAGCGACUAUAUAAUCUACUCCGUCGAGGCGGAGAAUAUAGACAAAAUCGUGGCGGCUUAUGGUCCCUCAACAAAAGUUGGAGCAAUAGUCGGCGGACAGACGUCGUGUAAAGCACCUGAGAUUGCUGCGUUUGAGGCCCAUUUGCCGGCGGAUGUUGAAAUUGUGUCGUGCCAUUCGCUUCAUGGACCAAAUGUCGACACUCGAGGUCAACCACUAGUUCUUAUUCAACACCGCGCAAGCGACGAGUCUCUUGAGCUCGUCAAGUCGAUAUUUACGUGUUUCAACUCGCAGUACGUCUACCUCACCGCGCAAGCGCACGACAAGAUCACGGCCGACACGCAGGCAGCUACACAUGCGGCAUUCAUGAGCAUGGGCGUGGCAUGGCACGCCAACAAUCAGUUCCCAUGGGAAGUGCCGCGCUACGUGGGCGGGAUCGAGAACGUGAAGAUCAACAUCUCGCUGCGGAUUUACUGCAACAAGUGGCACGUCUACGCCGGUCUGGCGAUCAUGAACCCGGCCGCGCAUGACCAGAUUCUUCAGUACGCGCAGUCGGUCACGGAUCUGUUUACGCUGAUGAUUGAGCACAAGAAAGACGAAUUCCGACAACGCAUUUUCAGCGCGAGAGAUUACGUCUUUGGCGGACUUCCAGACGACCACGAACUCCUGCUCUCGGACGACUUGCUCGACAAGUUCUCGCUCUCAAACGUGCCCGCCGACGCGCGAACGCCGAACUCGCACCUCAGUCUGCUGGCGAUGGUGGACUGCUGGUGGAAGCUCGGCAUCGUGCCGUACGACCAUAUGAUUUGCAGCACGCCGUUAUUUAGAAUCUGGCUUGGUGUUACCGAGUAUCUGUUUCAGUCGCCGGGGUUGUUGGAGGACUGUAUCAAAGUUGCGUUGGAGAACGAUACUUUUAGAGCAGAUGACCUGGAGUUUACAAUGGCCGCCCGCUCAUGGAGCGACAUCAUCACAUUUCGAAACUUCGACUUGUAUCAAAAGAAGUUUGAGAGGACGCAGAAAUACUUUUCGCCCCGGUUUCCGGACGCGACGAAGCUGGGCAACGAGAUGAUCAAGACGAUAUUUGAAAAGACAAAGCAGAAGAAGGUCUGAUUGCAUGGGGCGGAUAUGGUAGCUAGGAUGAUUUAU